UGUAAAUGUACAAGAUAUCCGCUCUUUAAAGAGAAAGAAACAGACAGAUGAAACGGGCUAUCUUCACGACUACUUUCCGUCAUGUUUUAUACAAACAAAAGUUGCCACAUAUUCGACAGACAGAUAGGGACAAACUGUUAUGUAUAUCAAGACUCUGUGUUUAUGCCUCAGUUCGAGGUAUCGCUUACAUGCCACACAUUCCCGCGGAUUUCAAGGAUUAUCAACUACAUAGGAAGUUGAUGUCAAACGAAAGAUUACCGGAAUAUUUCAACUUCUGUAGUGAUAUCAUUGACCAGUGGGCAGUUAGCAAAAUUAGGAAUCCAAACCAUCCAGCGUUUUGGUGGAUUGAUGAUAGCGGUAAAGAACUGCGAUGGACAUUUUCGGAAUUAAGUCAGCUUUCUAAAAGAGCAGCUAACAUACUUCAGAAUCAUUGUAAGUUGAAAGUGGAAGACAGAAUGAUUGUCAUUCUACCUAAAAUUCCAGAGUGGUGGAUUAUAAAUUUAGCAGCAAUAAGAGCAGGAAUUGUAUUAAGCCCAGGAACAAUCCUUCUAAGAUCUAAUGACAUUAAACAUAGAAUUAAAUCAGCAGGUGCCAAAUUAAUUGUAGCAGAUACUUCAAGCGCAGACAAUGUGGACCAGGCAACCAAAGACUUGGAAGAUUGUCCACAGAAAAUAUUUGUCGGUGACAAGUCCGACACAAGGCCAGGAUGGGCACAUUUUGGGAGUUUAAUGGAUGAAGCUCCAGCCAAUUUUAAGACGAUUAAAUCGAAAGCUAGUGACCCAAUGACAUUGUUUUUCACUAGUGGUACAACGGGUGCUCCAAAAAUGGCAUUGCAUACCCAUGGUAGUUAUGGAUAUGGACAUUCUAUAACAGCAAGAUACUUGUUAGAUAUAGACCAUAAUGGUAUGAUGUGGAAUAUGUCUGAUACUGGUUGGGCUAAAGCAGCAUGGACUAGUCUGUUUGCACCAUGGAUCAGAGGAGCCUGUAUUUUUAUUCACAAUUCUGAUAAGUUUGACCCAGAAAGAACGCUACAGAUUUUAGAUAAGUAUCCUAUUACUAAUUUCUGUGCACCACCAACUGUGUAUAGACAUUUAGUAAAACAACCACUUCACAGAUACAGCUUGUCGAGAAAGUUACUUUGUGUCGGUGCUGGAGAACCUGUUAACCCAGAACUACUGAAAGAAUGGCACGAUGGUACUGGUUUGACUUUAUAUGAAGGUUACGGACAAACGGAAACUACGUUUUUAUGUGGGACAUAUCCAUGUGUUGAAAUCAGACCAGGUUCUAUGGGGAAGGCAGCUCCUGGGAUUGAUCUACAGAUCGUUGACAAUGAUGGUAAUAUAUUGCCUAGAAACACAGAAGGUGUGAUUGGUGUAAGAGUAAAUCCUGUUCGACCAAUGGGAUUGUUUUCCCAUUAUGUCGAUGAUGAUAACAGAAAUAAAGCCGUCUUUAAAGGUGAUUUUUACUUAACUGGUGACCGUGGGAAAAUGGAUGAAGAUGACUACAUUUGGUUUAUUGGACGUGAUGAUGAUGUCAUGCUGUCGUCAGGUUAUAGAAUAGGUCCUUUUGAAGUGGAAAGUGCAUUGAUAGAACAUCCAGCAGUUCUUGAAUCUGCAGUAGUAAGCAGCCCGGAUGAAGUAAGAGGAGAGGUCGUAAAAGCGUUUGUAAUUCUAACAGAGCCAUAUUCCAAACACGACAAACAGAAAUUAGGAGAAGAACUACAGAAUCAUGUAAAAUCUGUCACUGCACCUUAUAAAUAUCCUAGAAAGAUUGAGUUUGUGGAUCAGUUGCCAAAGACAGUCAGUGGUAAAAUAAGAAGAGUUGAACUGAGAAAUAGAGAAUGGGGGCGGCAAGAGAUUGGAGAGUCAGAAAAAAAAUAGAAUAUCAUGUUUAUUCGAAAGAAUACCUUUUUAUAUGCAUUACCCACAUUCAUCUGUACCAUAUCACAGAAAAUAUUAGAAAAAUAAUGUACUAUUAUGCAAUAUCAAAAUAGAAUAAUGCAUGGAU